UAACAGUGGUGGUCAAGGAAACAGUGAACAAUUGUGAUGUUCAUGGACCUGGUGUGAUUUUUCUUUCCUUUUUUUUUUUCUCAUUCCGGUCAGGACACUAAAAGGUGCCCCCCCCGGUAUAAAGGGGAAGACCACAGAGAUCAUCAUCAUCAUCGACCAACGUUGUUCCGACGACGGCUGCUUUCCAAGUGACCGCCGAUAUUCCGGCAGGCAAGGCAAAUCUCUGCAAACAUUGCACGUCAACGUAGGAGAACGUUAUGGCUGGAGAUACCUGCGUAACGUUUAAAAGCGGACUUAAAAAGCGCAAGUGUUUCAGGCAACACACGUCUUCAGAUGACUCGGAAAGCGAGGGAGAAGACGAUCUUUCAAGGGAACUUCUGCAAGAUACCAAGGAGAUCCAAAAGCUUCGUAAACGACCCAACGGUGUGAGCGUCAUCGGCCUAAACUUGGGCAAAAAGCUCACUCCCAAGGAGGAACUUGUGAUUGAUGACCCAUUCAAGAUGAAAACUGGAGGCAUGAUUGACAUGAAAGCUCUCAAAGGGAAAAGGUUCACCAUGGACGAAUUGGAUGCUGUCAACUUGGGCAAUACAUUCUCAGUAGAGACGAACCAGCGUGAUGAAGAUGCUGACAUGAUGAAAUACAUCGAAGAGGAACUGGCUAAACGUCGAGGUGGCAUUCAAGAGCCAGAGCUGUCGCUACAGAAUACCGUGGAUGAGGAGGAUGUGCUGUUCCAUGUGCCUGAGCACCUGCGCAAGUCAACAUCCAAGAAGUCUGAGGAGAUGCUGUCCAAUCAAAUGCUUUCAGGAAUCCCAGAAGUUGACCUGGGCAUUGAGGAGCGCAUCCGCAACAUAGAAGCAACCGAGGAGGCCAAGCUGAAGCUUAUUCGAGAUCGAGUAACCCAGAAGAAGCGCGAGACGUCGUUUGUGCCUACCAACAUGGCUGUCAACUUUGUCCAGCACAACCGCUUUAACAUCGAUGAUGGCAACCGGACGCGUCAUAUGCGGCGCCCUGUUCGUGAGAAAGAGCCUCCGCCGCCUAAGCCUGUUGUGGUCAUCGCAGAAGCUGAAGGAGUUGCAGACAAGAUUCCAGGCCGCCAGAACAGAGGUGCCAAAGGAUCAUCCAGGUGUAGAGCAAAUGAUGAUGAAAAAGCCACCGAUGACUUUCACUUUGAGAAGUUCAAGAAGCAGUUCAGACGGUACUAAGCCUACAGAUACCAGCUGUGGACAUUUUGUUCAGCAAAUCAUUUUUUUAUCAUUAUGCUUAUAAAACCUUCAUGUGGUCCUCUGUCACUUGUUGCUUCAACUAAAGUUGAACAUAUCUACAUCUUUCUUCUGUUCGCAUGCUUCUUGUUGAACUGUUGUAGAAUGUGGCAUCCUGAUCACCAUGAGUUCUCAACGAUUGGCCGUUUUCUUAAUGACAUGACUUGCGUGUAACAAGUUGAGCUAUUAAAUUUGCCUAAAUGGCUCUUUGUGGUGUCCAACGAAA